GAGGAGUACUUAUGGAAGCUUUUGGCCUUCGGAGAUGGCAAUGAGGAAGAAUGGAAAGCCUUUCGUCCCCGCUCAGCCAGCGUAGUUAGCCCCAGCCUGAGCCCGACGCCGACGCUCAGCCGAACGCCGAGCCUGAAGUGGAGCCAGACGCCGGUGGCCAGCGAGAGUGCACCCUCCAGCACCUCCUCCCCAAAAAGUUUUCCUAAAAUACUUCAGACAUUUAAAAAAGACAUGUCUGAAACGGAUUUAGAUAGGGCUGUCUAUCACAAUCUGUAUCCAAGAAUUUCAACAUCAGUACAAACAGAAGAAAGUUGGCUUCAAGAAUUGUCAGGCAUGCAGCAGCCGAAGAAGGAAGUGCCCUCUGUAGAGAAGGAAGAUGAAUCUGAAAAUCUAGCUUCUAAAUUAAGAGCAAAAUGGGUAAUUAACCCAGAAGAGCCAAAACUAAAUAUUUUAUGUGAGCUGGAGUUUAAGGAAGACUUCAUAACACUUUUUGAGCCCUCUCUGAGAACACUACCCAGCAUCGGACCACCAUCUAUUCUCACAUUCAAACAAGAGAGUUCCAAUUUAGGCAUUAAGUUCAAGAGAGAAGAGGAGGAGGUAUCGCCCACGUGUGAGUUCUGUGGGAGCGAUCUAAGACCAUUUCUCUCCAAUGUGGAUCUUUCCUGUGACUACAAUAGCUCUGAACUAGUAGAACAGACCUCCUGUUGUAGUUAUUUCCAAAACCUGAUUGACUACAUCUAUGAGGGAAAACAAAAAAUCCAAAGCUCUAAAGCUGAAUUAAUCUGUAUUGACCCUCAUGCCGCCCACGGCAGUGAAGUCGACAGACUCAAAGCAAAGGAAAAAGCUUUGCGGAGAAAACUGGAGCGACGAAUGGCCCAACACUAUGCAAUGUUUACAAAAGAACAGACUACUUUCUCUGAAGAAGAUGCAAAGCAGUUUAAAACAAUUUCUUAUCAACUUUCCAUGGAUAUUCCAGAAGUAGAGUCAGCUAAGGAAGAACUAACUGAUUAUCAACUAGACGAAAGAAAUAUAUCCAUUGUUUGUUGUGAUUCUAGGAUAGCAUGUGGAAAGAUCAUGACAAAUGAGCUCUUUGAAAAGCACUACAAACAUGGGAGCAAAUUUCUGACUUCAUUUCCAGACGGGACAACACAAAUAUUCUACCCAUCUGGAAACCUAGCCAUCAUCCGAGUGCCCAAUGAGAUAAAUGGCUUCACUUGCAUAGUCCAAGAAGACAUGCCCACUAACCCUGCAAUCCUGGCAGUGCUAGAUUCUUCGGGUCGAAGUUCCUGCUAUCAUCCCAACGGAAAUGUCUGGGUAUACAUCAAUAUCUUGGGCGGUCAAUGUUCAGAUCAAGCUGGCAACAGAGUAAGGGCUUGGAAUUGGUCAAGUUCCGUCACUUCCUCACCCUUCGUUUCAUUUAAACCUGUCUUUCUGGCUUUGAACCGUUAUGUUGGAAUCCGCAUCUUAGAACAAGACAAGAUUUCAAUCACUUUUCUAGCAAUGGGCCAACAGGCAAGAAUCAGUGUCGGAACCAAAGUGAAGCUACCAAACCCUGAAGAGAUUCCAGCACUCCGACACCUGAACAGGGACGACCUUCUUCUGCUAGCCAGUUUAAUAAAGAUCCGACGCCUGUUUCAUAAACUGGAAGGAUGUGUGAAUUUCCCCUCCAGCCAGGUCCGGGAAAAAUUAAAGCAACCUUCCUACCUUUCUUCACUUUCUCUAAAACUAAUUGCCCUUUGUCACAAUUCUGGUAUGAAGCAAGAUACAAUAACAACAAUAGCAGCUUUGAUAAAUGAAAAGAUUUAA